GAUUUUCUAAACGUUUAUUCGGGAGUACAAAUAUGACAAUAUACUGCGUUGAGAUAUGCCUUAAGGUGACAUUUGUACUAGUAUUGUAGGCAUUAUGAUCAGUGCACGGUGAUGCAUUACGUGUCGACGACUGCGAUGUUAUUCUACCUCAUCUGAGUCUCUUAGUAUCGUAGGAAGUAUGUCUAUGUGCUCUCAGGUUACUACGGGUAGAACGAAAGCUAGCGCUCUGAUCUUAACUAGCGAUAAAUAGCCUUGUUGUUAUCCGAGUAGGGCGAGAAAGGAGGUACUCUCUACAAGGGGUCACUUACACCUACUGCACUCGGAGAAUAUAAGUCGUAAUCCGCAGUGCUUCAUGGAUAUCAAAUAAAUUGAGCGUAAAUUAAAACAAACACAGGCUUAAGAAAGCUUAUGCUUUCUUGUGUAUGUGCUUCUCUAAACGUUCUCAUGGCGUUCAGAGACCAGGAUUCAGUCUCUUAUACGUUACCCAUGAACCACUGCGGGUUACGAUACAUUGAUUCGCAGGUGCAACCUUAAUUGUAAUAGGUGUAUACAGAAGUAAACGUCGAUAUCUCGACCCCCACCCCAAGAAUUUACCCAGACGUAUGAAUAUCCAAACCUCAAGCCAGUACUAAAAUAUAGUCACAUCCGGUAUGACAACACGUCACUAUUUUCAAAUAAUCUUGCAUACCCAAGCAAAUAAAUUACCACACAUUUCCCCAGCUGUUCAAUGAUGGUUGCGGCUGUCGACACCUCGUCCUUUCUGCGCAUGUCCGCCGCAAGCACUGCGUUUUUCCUCCUCUUCUUCUUCACCCUGAGCCCGCGUAUCUCACACCUACUCCGAGGUUACAGCAAAUUUACGCACGCGCAAAAGAUUGAUUGGGACACAAGGGUUGGAUCAAAUGUCCAUGCAGUGCUAGUCAGUCUUAUUGCUCUGUACUGCUCGUUCUUUGACACCCACACGCACAGCAAUCCCAUUUGGGGGGAAGGUGUUCUAGUUCGUUACGGCGUCUCAAUAACCCUUGGAUAUUUAAUGGCCGAUUUCGUGAUCGUGUCGCUGUACUACAAGCUGAUUGGCGACAUCUUCACCAUGACACAUCACGUGGUCGCCAUCCUGUCUUACUGUAUACCUGUGGGAUUUAGCAUAGGACUCUACAUUGCAAAUUUUCGUCAGCUGGCGGAGUUAUCGACUGUGUUUGUUAACCAAAGGUGGUACUACUCAGCAUGCAAGACACCCCACUCAUCACGCGUGUUCGUGAUUAACGCGUGCUGCAUGGUGUUAUCAUUCUUCCUGUGCCGUAUUGCUGUUAUGCCCUACUACUACUACAAGUGCUAUCGGUAUAUAUGGGCCUAUACCGGGCCGGACCCAGUAGGCAUGCCAUUACAGGUUUUAACCUUUAUGAACAGCGUUUUACUGGAUAUUAUUAAUAUCUACUGGAUGUAUCGGAUGGUCAAAGGUGGGCUCAAAUUGCUAUUGGCGUCGAAUAAUAUCAACGAACGCGAGAAACAAUCCUAGAAUAGCAAAACCUAAACCCCUAGGUCAUCAAUACACUCUCCUUUAUAAGAACGUCAAAUUUUCAGCAUCUAUAGACUGUAAAUACAAAUGAAUCAUUAAAAGAGAAUUACAAAAAUGAUUAAUAACAAUAAAAUGUUUCUUGUUAUGAACAAAAUUUGAUUCUCCAUCUUAAAACACUAACAAAAUAUUUUACUGCUAUCUGAGCUCCCUCCUUUUCUCAAAACUCAGCCUGGACGUUCUCAAAAAAAUGUUCUGAUAAAAAAGUACAUCAUAUCUCAUAUAUACAUGAUAUAUAGAAGUCAUAAGUUGUAAAAUAUUUUUGUAAUUUUAUUCUAAAUAAUUUCUAUAUAAAUAAAUGAUUUCAUCUAUA